GUUCAUACCUAACUUCAGUAUUGGAGGGGUUUGGAGAGCAAACCCAUAGAUAAAGAACGCUAUUCCGUUUUCAUAUAUAGGAAUUGCCGUUCCUGUCAAAGCGGUUGUAAAGUAGUGGCAUCCUGCCAAGAACAUCAUUUCGCGGUCGUCGGCGCUUGCCCAAGUAAUUGUAGUGAGGGCUAAAAGGGGGGUCCGUGAGAGUCGCAGUCAUUUCCAUCGACAACCUUACACGUCACCAACUUAGCCCAUAUUCGACACAAUACCCGUCCACGAUGUCGCUUGAGGAGCUGCCUGAUGAAAUCCUGCUGCGCAUCCUUGCUGGCGCGGGAAGCAAAGCCAUAGUAUGCAUAUCGUGCUGCUGCCGGCGCCUGCAAGGGCUGGCCAGGACCUUACAGUCAUACCAAAGCUUCAGCACGGCUACGUCGAUGCAAGUUGACCUGCAAAGCGCGUUGGCGGAGGCUUGUGACCGAGCGCUGCAUGGCAUGCUCGGCCGCAUCGACUUUGCGCUGGUAUUCGUGUCGCACUACGAUCACGUGCGGGGCCCGCUGGGGGAGCUGGUGGUGGGGGCGCUGCGGGCCCGACUGCCCGAGACCACCCAGAUCCUAGGCUGCGCCACUCGGGGCCUGCUGGGCCUGGGUCCCCGCGGCGCAUUCGAGCUGGACCCCGAGGGGGCCGCCACGCACGCGCAACCACCACCACCACCACCACCGCAGCAGCAGCACCCGCAGGCUGGGCAGAGCGCGUCUACCGGUACCUCUCAGGGCCGCGGCCGCGGCAGGGGCCGUGCAGGCGGCAGUGGUGCAGGCGGCAGUGCCAGUGGUGCCAGUGGUGGUGGUCGUGCGGGUGGUGGUCGUGUUCCCGGAGUGGGUGUGCUGCUGGGCUGUCUGCCGGGGUGCCGCGUGAGGGCCUUCUGCAACCUGCCGCCGGACACCCCCGCCAGACACCCCGCACCCGCACCCACCCGACGUCGUGUCAGCGGCAGCGGCAAGGGCGGCGGUGGUCCCUCCCCCGCCACCCUAGCCGCCAACGCAGCCGUCACCGCCUGGCUCACCCGGCCCUCGCCCUCCUCACACGUGGUGCCGCCGCCGCCGGUGGACGGUCGCACACCCGCACAGCCGACCGCAACACCCGCCGCCGCUCUACCACCACCAGCAGCACCACCAGCACAAGCACCAGCACCACCCGCAGCAGCAGGGGAGAGCCCCUCGUAUACCCGGCAAACCCGUAGUCGCAGCAGCCGCCGCAUAAGCACCGGUGGCAACCGCGAGGAGGAGGAGCCCCCCAAGCAGCAGCGGCAGCAGCCGCCCGCGGUCCCCUCCCCGCCGCUGCCGCCCCCCUCACCCGCGGAGCUGGGGCUGCAGAGCGUGUGGCUGCUGGCGGCGGGACGCAGUGCGGCGUACGGGUUGCUUGAGGAGCCGGGGGGGCUGCUGGACUGGUGGCAGGGGGGGGAGCAGCAGCAUCGCCCCGUCAUCGCGGGAGGUGUGUCCUCGGGCAAGGGCGACCUCUUCUUCCACCCCGGGGGCCGGCGGCGGCCACCAGCAGCGGGCGGGAGUGCGGGGGAGGGAGCGACAGUGGGUGCGGGGGAGGCAGUGGGUGCGGAAGGCGAGGAAGGCAGUUGGGAUGUGGCCGGCGCGCGCAGGGAUUUGCAG